UGUCCUUCAGGUCAACACCAUGAUGCUUCCUCAAAUCUUCAUUUCAGGCCUCAUACUACUUCUCCCAGGUGCUGUAGAUUCUUACAGAGUAGUGAAGGGGGUGCUAGGUCACCCUGUCACACUGCCAUGUACCUACUCGACACUUCAAGGAGUCUUGAGGACAUGCUGGGGCCGAGGGGAAUGCCCAUCUUUUAAUUGUAUAAACACACUUAUGCGGACCAAUGGACACAGUGUCACCUAUCAGAGGAGCAGCAGAUACCAGCUAAAGGGGAAUGUUUCUGGAGGAAAUGUGUCCUUGACAAUAGAGAAUGUUGUCCAGAGUGACAGUGGUCUGUACUGUUGUCGGGUGGAGAUCCCUGGAUGGUUCAAUGAUCUCAAAGUGACCUUUUCAUUGGAAGUUAAACCAGAAAUUCCCACAAGUCCUCCAACAAGUCCCACAACUGUAACAAGACCCACAACUACAAUGAAAGCCACAACAAUGUCAACAAGACCCACACAUGUACCAACAUCAUCCAGAGUCUCAGCCCUACCUCCCACACGAGCACACAUACAGACUCACAUACCAGAACCCACUACAACUGACCCAUAUCAGACAGCAGCUGAGGUGACAGAAACCCCAUCCUAUACUUUUGCAGAUUGGAAUAACACUGUGACAUCCUCGGACAACUCUUGGAAUAAUUACACUGAAUCCAUCCCUUCAUGGAAGCAGCAGAAAAACAUGACUAAGGGCUUCUAUAUUGGCAUCUCCAUUGCUGCCCUGAUGCUGCUGCUGUUGCUUGUGUGCACCGUUGCUGUCACCAGGUAUAUCCUUAAGAAAAAGAAGACGGGGUCUCUAAGCUUGGUAGCAUUCCGUGUCUCUAAGUGUGGAGCUUUGGAAAACAUAGCAGGUGUGCAGUCCCGAGCUGAAGACAAUGUCUACAUAAUUGAAGACAGUCCUUACCCUACAGAAUGAGUCUCAGUGGCCUUCUGAGGGACCUUCUGCAUGAGACUGGAAAGACCACAACCGAAUUUGACACCACAAACAUCCUAUAUAGCCCCAGGACUA